AUGGCUGAAGAAAACAUCACUUAUGUCACUGAAUUUAUUCUUAAAGGAAUAACAGACAGACCGGAACUCCAAGCCCCAUGCUUUAUAUUAUUUUUCAUCAUCUAUUCAGUCACAGUGGUAGGGAACCUGGGACUGAUCACUGUAAUCAGGAUAGAUAGCAGACUUCACACCCCAAUGUACUUCUUCCUGAGUCAUUUAGCCUUUGUGGAUGUUUGUUACUCUUCUGCAAUCACGCCCAAGAUGAUGAUGAAUUUUGUGGUGGAACAAAACACUAUACCUUUUUAUGCAUGUGCAACUCAGCUGGGCUGUUUUCUUACCUUCAUGAUCACUGAGAGUUUCCUUCUGGCUUCCAUGGCCUAUGAUCGCUAUGUGGCCAUCUGCAGUCCCCUACAUUAUACAACACUGAUGUCCAAAUCCGUCUGUAUUCGACUAGUGGCAGUUCCCUAUAUCUACAGCUUUCUGGUUGCUCUAUUCCACACCAUUGUUACCUUCCGUCUAACCUACUGUGGUCCCAAUGUCAUUAAUCAUUUCUAUUGUGAUGAUCUUCCUCUCCUGGCAUUGUCCUGCUCAAACACACACAUCAAAGAAAUUCUCAUCUUUGCUUUUGCUGGUUUCAAUAUGAUCUGUUCUUCUUCUAUUGUUCUAACCUCCUACAUCUUCAUCAUUGCUGCUAUCCUGAAGAUCCGCUCUAACCAGGGUCGCCGCAAGGUCUUUUCUACCUGUGGAUCUCAUAUGAUGGCUGUCACAGUUUUCUAUGGGACAUUGAUUUUUAUGUACCUCCAGCCUAAAUCUAACCAUUCCUUGGACACAGACAAAAUGGCAUCUGUAUUUUAUACAGUGGUCAUCCCCAUGUUGAACCCCUUAAUCUAUAGCCUAAGAAAUAAAGAAGUGAAAGAUGCCUCCAAAAAGGCACUGGAAAAGGUGUGUGCAUCUUUAAAUAUAUUAAAAGGAUUGAAACUGUGA